AUGACAAUUAAAGUAAACCUCGUAGUAGCUGCUGCUGCUGCUGCUGCCUUGAAGAAAUAUGGAGCCGAUUUGGUCUGUGUAGAUAGCGGGAAUAAGGCGAUCUCACGGUUUGAAGCUACAAAAAGAAUUCAAGGCAUGGAACUCAACAUCAAAAACUCCAUCGAAUGUGGAUUAAGUUUGGCGAUGCAGAUCGUUUCGACGGUCACGUUCACGGGUAUAGCUAAUGUGGACACAGAUUCUCCUUUUCUCCCGAAAGAAGGCUGUCAAACACUACAACCGCAAUCCGGAUUACAGCACUUCAAUUCCAACCAGUUGAACAAAAUCAGCCUCGCCGCCAAAUGGUGCCCUUUGCUUGACUCCUCGUUCGAUAAAGUGACUCUGCUUUGCAAAAGCAUCACGAAAGGGGUUUUCCCCUACGAUUUAUACGAAGAAUACCACCACGUUUCAGAUGCUCACUAUGCUUAUCGCGUUCGUGACUGUUUACAUAAGGAAAUCCUCGUACUGCUGCGAAAAGCCCUAGAAUUACCCGAGGUUUAUAUUGGUGCUAAUAAAUUUAACUCUAAUCCAUACAAUAGGGUUGCCUCAGUGGCAAUGAAGUUUUACAAAGAGAAGUUUAAAAAGCACGAUAAGGAACGGUUUGAGGAGUAUUUGGAGAAGGUGAAGUCAGGAAAGGCGACGUUGCGGCCAGGGCACUGUUGCUGCACGAGAUCACAGUCAUUGAACGACAUGGAUGGGGGAGAGGUAGCCGAGCUUCAGUGGAUGAGGAUGGUGGAUGAUUUGUCAAAGAAGAGGAAAAUGAAGAAUUGUUUGGCAAUUUGCUAUGUUUCGGGUAGUAUGCAUGGGGUUCCAAUGGAGGUUUCGGUGGCGCUUGGGGUUUUGGUUUCGGAACUGAGUGAGGAGCCGUGGAAAGGGAAGCUGAUUACAUUCAGUCAUAACCUGACGCUUCAGAUGGUUUUAGGUGAUGAUUUGAGGUCGAAGACGGAUUUUGUGAAGAGAAAGGAGUGGGGGAUGAACACUGAUUUCCAGAAGGUCUUUGACUUGAUACUGGAAGUGGCUGUGAAUGGGAAAUUAACCGAAGAACAAAUAAUCAAGAGGGUGUUUGUGUUUAGUGACAUGGAGUUUGAUCAGGCGUCGGCGAGAACUUGGGAGACAGAUUACCAGGUGAUUGUGAGGAAGUUUGGGGAGAAGGGGUAUGGGUCGUGUGUGCCGGAGAUUGUGCUUUGGAAUCCGAGGGACUCAAGGGCGACUCCGGUGCCUGGGAACCGGAAGGGAGUGGCGCUAGUGAGCGGAUUUUCGAAGAAUUUGAUGACUGUGUUCUUGGAGGAGAAUGGGGCUUUGAAUCCUGAGGCUGUCAUGGAAAUGGCCAUUUCUGGUGAGGAGUAUAAGAAACUGGUUGUGCUUGAUUGA